AUCAUUUUCUCAACUUUUCUUUUAAUUUCUCUCAAAUCAUUUUUUUUUCUUUCUCUUUUCAAGAAAUGGCUAUUGGGAAAUCAAACAAGUUGUCACAAAGGGCAAUGUUGAAGCAAAUACUAAAAAGAUGUUCGAGUAUAGGAAAGAAAAAUGGAUAUCAAGACGAACAACAAGGUGGUCUUCCAAUGGACGUACCAAGAGGACAUUUUGUAGUUUACGUUGGAAAAAAUCGAACAAGGUACAUUGUUCCAAUUUCAAUUUUAUCGAGGCCCGAAUUUCGGGUACUACUUCAACGGGCCGAAGAAGAAUUUGGAUUCGAUCAUGACAUGGGACUUACAAUUCCAUGUGACGAAGAUUUUUUCGAAUCUCUAACUUCGUCAAUGCUAAGGUAAAUAAAAAAGACGAAAAUUAAUCGAGUCAGUAAGUUCCGUCGAUGAAGAAAGUGGAGUUAGUUAAAUCUAGGUGGAGCUAGCUAGGUUGUCUGAAGUUUUAAAUUUUUAUAACAGAAGUUCAGGAAUCUACUUUAUUGCUUCUGUCUUUUUUUUGUAUUUUUUUUUUUUUGGCUUUUGGGAUUUUGUGUUUAUUGUUAUAAAAUAUAUAACUAACUGGAAAUUAUCUGGAGAGGGGUAUGCUUGUAAAUCUCAAAAGUUUGUAAUUUUCCUCAUAGUGGUGUUUGAUAAUAUUUGUACCCUAUGAGAGAAUUAACAAAUUAUUAUAUAUAAAAAGUUAUAUAAUAUUUGGUGCUA